CGGUCGGUCUGUUAACCGCCGAAAAUAUUCGUCGGCGAUCUCGAUUCCUCCGGUGAAUCGUCCGAGCUUGCAUCAGAUUACAAGAACUUUGAAGCUCCACUACCUUCAUAAGCUUGCGGGGCUAUGGCCUCGCUGAUUUUUUUGGCUUCGACUAUACCAAAGCAUGCACUCAUCAAUAGUCAACUACAAAAUAUUAGUUUUUUGAAAAUUCCCAAACAAAGUAAUCUUUCCACCUUAUCUUAUACUCAUCACAAGGCCUGGCCAUUGCCAUUGCCAUUGCUGUGCACAAAAUUGUUCCCUUGGGAACCUCCCACUCCAUUUUCUUCUGUUGAUGAUGAGACGAACAUUAUCAAAGGUGGUAAUAUGGUUGAACCCAUAGAUGCAGAAGAAUCAACUGAACUUCCAUUACUCCAGAGUAAAGAAGACAUAAUAGACAUGAAUGCUCAACAGUAUUCACAGCAGCAGCCUCUCAAAUGGCCAAUGUGGCUGAUCGGUCCUUCCUUUCUACUAGCAACAGGAAUGUUGCCAACCCUGUGGUUGCCUUUGUCUUCUGUCUUCGUUGGUCCCAACAUAGCUGGACUUCUCUCUUUACUAGGCCUAGAUUGCAUCUUCAACAUCGGCGCAACCUUAUUCCUUCUUAUGGCUGAUGCCUGUGCUGCUCACCCCAGGAGAAAAAUCCAAGUUCCUCCUCUUCCAUACAGAAUGUGGAAUAUGGGGGCUAGUGUGCUGGGUUUUCUUGCACCAAUGUUGAUGAUGGUUGCCUCUCACAGAGGUUUGCUUGCGCCGGAGCUUUCCUUUAUGUCAUUUUCUGUGCUGCUUGGACCUUAUCUUCUGCUUUUAGCUGUACAGAUGGUGACAGAAAUGCUAACAUGGCACUGGAAAUCUCCAGUUUGGUUGGUGACCCCAAUAGUGUAUGAGGCUUACAGGAUCUUGCAGCUGAUGAGAGGUCUAAGACUGGGUAGUGAAGUAAGUGCAACUGGAUGGGCUAUAACUAGCAUCAGGCUUCUGGUAUCAUGGUGGAUUUUUAUUCUGGGGAUCCAGCUCAUGAGAGUUGCUUGGUUUGCUGGUUUGAACUAUGGAAGUCAAUCUAGAGAAGCCACAGGCUGAGCAGAUGGUGUACUUUGUCAGGGAUGAUGACAGUGAUAAUGUUAUAUAAGCACUUCGAAUCUUCAGCUACUCAGUAAGGAAAUGAGAAGAUGGAAAAGUGAGCAAAUAAUAUGCUUUCUUUUAAGAUCCAUCCAAACACAAUUUGUGGUUCUUGUGAAAAGGUUAGUCACAGCUUUCCAUUGAUCUUACUAUGUACAAUAUCUAUUUGUUUUGCUUAUCAUUGCUAGCUAUAAAUUUUGGAUUCUUUUGGCUAA